AUGUCGAAGAUGCGGUACGAAGACGGCGAGAAGAAAGUGCUCGCUUUUGAAGAUGACGAAGAGGACAAUGGAUAUUUCAACUGGUGGCCGCCGGCGCCAAAGGUGUUCCUCCUACAACCGAACCAGAGCCAGCAACCCACGCAACAAGUCUACCUCCUCCAGCCCAGCACCACCUCAAAUGGCGGGCAACAGUUGGAGUUCAUCCCGAUCAGCGCCCCGCCCACCCAAAUAAAUGUCGAGAAGAAGCCGGCGGUGCUCGCCACGAUGCAGCCCGUUGUCCAGAUCUCCCAGAAUACGACUGUCGAGACGCUGGAGAGCGGAAAGGUGGACACCGCCCCUCCAGCGCCUGAGCCCGUUCCCGCACAACAACGGAUAACACUGGGAAAUCUCCAAUUCCAACAAGAUCCGAACGACCCGCAGAAGUGGAUCAUCACCAACGAGGCGCCGGCCACCACGUCCGCACCCCAACAAAUAAACUACGACACGUCACAGCACAACGAGACGUCGGUGAUCGAGUACGACCUAGAUGCCGCCGACAAGGGCAUGGGCGUCUUGAGUGAUGGAUACUCUGAUGCCGAAGGCGGCUACGGAUAUGGCGGAAAUAAGGCUCCGAAACGCUCCGCGUGCACCUGUCCGAACUGUCAAGUUGGCGUGAAUCCAAAGGGUGUCCUUCCCGACGGCCGGCCCUCACGCCUUCACAUCUGCCACAUAUGCCAGAAGACGUACGGAAAAACUUCGCAUCUACGCGCCCACUUGAGAGGCCACGCGGGCAACAAGCCGUUCGCCUGUGACUGGCAGCACUGUACGAAGAGGUUCACCCGCAGCGACGAAUUGCAAAGGCACCGCAGGACACACACCGGCGAGAAACGGUUCGCCUGCGGUCAUUGUGGCAAGAAAUUCAUGCGAUCCGACCAUCUGACGAAACACGAACGGACACACAACCCCGCCGGCAGGCCACCGAUGAUGGGCUCG